AUGCCAAUCUAUAGAAUUGCAAUUGGAUCUCCUGCAGAAGCUGGUCAACCUGAUGCAAUUAGAGCUGCAUUUGCUGAAUUCUUCUCUAUGCUCAUUUUUGUUUUUGCUGGUCAAGGCUCUGGCAUGGCUUACAACAAAAUUACAAAUAAUGGACCUGCAACACCUGCUGGUCUAAUAGCUGCCUCCCUAUCUCAUGCAUUUGGACUAUUUGUUGCUGUUUCUGUUGGAGCAAACAUCUCUGGUGGACAUGUGAACCCUGCAGUCACAUUUGGUGCCUUCAUUGGUGGAAACAUUACACUUUUGAGAAGUAUGCUAUAUUGGAUUGCACAGUUACUUGGUUCAGUUGUUGCUUGCAUUCUUCUCAAGUCUGCCACUGGUGGAAUGGAGACAUCAGCAUUUGCGAUAUCCUCCGACAUAUCAGUAUGGAACGCACUAGUUUUUGAAAUUGUGAUGACAUUUGGAUUGGUAUACACAGUCUAUGCAACAGCAGUAGAUCCAAAAAAAGGUAACAUAGGAAUCAUUGCACCACUUGCAAUUGGUAUCAUUGUUGGUGCAAAUAUCUUAGCUGGUGGAGCAUUUGAUGGUGCAUCAAUGAAUCCAGCUGUUUCUUUUGGGCCUGCUGUUGUUAGUUGGACUUGGACUCAUCAUUGGGUCUAUUGGGUCGGCCCAUUUAUUGGUGCGGCAGUUGCGGCUAUUGUCUAUGAUAAUAUCUUCAUUGGUGAAGAUGGUCAUGAACCUCUCACUAGUAGUGAUUUCUAAAUUAUAUAUCUGUUUUUAGUUGGAAAUUCGGUAUUUGAAUAUAGAAUCGUGAGAUCAAUCUUAUUUAUCCUGCUCCAUUAGCGAGAGGCUAACUGAAGUCAGAGACUAGUUCUAUUAUCCUAAUUCAUAAGCGAGAAGUUAAUUUUCUCGUUAAUUGAAAAUAGAGUAAAAUUUUAUAUGAACUGAUAUAUGAUAUAUAAAUGUUGAGGAGGGAAUAAAUUGUUGAAGAUUUUUCAACUUGUUUAGAGUUUGUUAGGAGUUGAAGAUUUUUCAACUUGUUUAGAGAUUGU